GUACUGUUUGCCAAAGACAGUGUGUAUAUUCACAUCAACUUACAAGAUACCAAAGAUAAGGAUGCUCAUAUCGCAGGACGUGUUUACUUGCUAACCAAGCCUGAAGGGAGAUUCAUUGAGUGGAAGGCUGAGGAAUGUCUGACGGAUGCACCAAAUGAGGACUGGGAUAUAGUGGGGUCAGUCGGCUACAGAAAUGAUAGGGAUGCUGACACUGUGACCAUGAAUGCAAAGAUGGAUGCCAGGAGAAAGUAUAACAUCAGUUUUGACAUUCUGGACUUGAAAAGCUUCAAGCGCUGUGCACCAAAUCAUGGCUGGGCAUAUAUUAUUUUCAUUCUCAUUGACGGCACCACAUUCCCUGCCUUACAUUUCCACAACGGGGGCAGCAAAGCCCUGCUGAAGGAGCUGGAGAACUUUAUUCAUAUCCGCAGAUCACCCAGUGAUGCUCGUCUCUUUCUUGUCAAUGACCAUGACAAGGAGAUGUUGUCCAAGUCCAUCAACGAGCUUGCCCUUUUCUCUGACUCAUCAGGAGCUUAUGUUCAGAAGUUUAUCAAGGAUCCGUAUACAACCACAAUGGGCAGCUUCUCCAAGGUGACCAACUUCCUCCGAGACGGCGAGGUGGCCGAGUUUUUGCAGGAAGACAUCCCAGGCAUGGAGAUUUCUCAGAUGGACGAACCUGGUUUUGAAAUGAUUACAAAGACCAAGCUGCCUCCACGACCCACAGUGAAGAGAGCAGAUCCCUUAGCCGCACAGCAGUGGAACUCUUUCUUUGAUGCUGAGGGGAGGAUCAGCAAGGUGGAAGAGCUCAAGGAUAUAAUUUUUCGUGGAGGUGUAGAUCCAGCCAUCCGUGGAGAAGUGUGGAAAUUUUUGCUGGGCUUCUAUGACUGGGAUUCCACGUCAAAACAGAGACAAGAACAGAGAAAGAGGAAGGUGGAUGACUAUUUCCGGAUGAAACUCCAGUGGAAGACCAUUUCUGCGGAACAGGAGAAGAGGUUUUCUUUGUUGAAGGAAAGAAGAGGGUUAAUAGAGAAAGACGUCCAGAGGACAGAUAGAACACAGAAGUUUUUCAGCGGAGAGAAGAAUCCUAACCUCCAAGUACUGUUUGACAUUCUGAUGACUUAUGUUGUCUACAAUUUUGAUUUAGGCUAUGUCCAAGGCAUGAGUGACAUUCUGUCCCCGAUUCUUGUUGUCAUGGAGAACGAGGUUGAAGCUUUCUGGUGCUUCGCUGGGGCCAUGGAGAGAGUGUGCAACAACUUUGAGAUGGAUCAGAACGGGAUGAAAGUUCAGCUGUCACAGAUCCACAAGCUGAUGCAAAUUUGUGAUCCAGAGUUGUGUGCUUAUCUAGAAAGUCAUGACUCUGGAAACUUCUACUUUUGUUUCCGGUGGAUUUUAAUCUUAUUUAAAAGAGAGUUCCACUUCCAUGAAAUCCAGAGGUUAUGGGAGGUACUGUGGACGGACAGGCCGUGUGAUAAUUUCCAUCUCAUCAUCUCUCUGGCGAUCCUGGACUCGGAGAAAUCAACCUUGAUGGAGAAUAAGUUUGGGUUCACUGAGAUCCUGAAGCAUAUCAAUGACAUCAGCCUGUCUAUCCCCCUGGAGGAAACCUUGUGUAAAGCUGAGGGCAUCUUCUUACAACUCAAAGAGUACAAGAAGCUGCCCAAGACCAUCAAAGAGAUCCUAGGCCUGCUUCCAGUCCCAGUGUCGCUCUCCAUGGAAAACAGCAUGUUCAUGACCGCAAGCUCUCACCAGGAUGUCAACACAGACUCCACCCCAAAAGUGGACACGCCCACACUCAUGGCUGGGGGCGUGGCCAGUAGGCGGUCGGAUGUGGCCAUCAGUAGCUCCUACAGUUCCUGCUCCUCCAGUGGCAGUAGAAAUCAUAUUGACCAGGGAACAAAACUGGUUUCCUAG